AAAGAAUCGUUAUUUCAUGACCCCCACCGGGGCCGUCGCGAAAUUAACGUGCAGGACUGAGCAUUUCGCUCGUGUUUGGGUCACUCGUAAUUUCGGUCGUUCGGGUUGGCCUGGAGAAAUGUCGAGAAAACGCUUUAAAUAGUUUAUUUGAUGUGUUGCCUCGAGACGGAUUGUGUAUUUAGUGGCAGCAGCACCAAGCGGAUUACACAAAUGUUGCCGUGAAGACAGCCGACGGAUCGAAGCAAUGUGAAAGCGUAAAUAUUGCGAGAGAUAUUCCUUUUUGGCGAACUGAGGGGGGAAAAAUAAUAAUGAACAACGCACAAGAUAUGUCUCCAGAUUUUGUCUUGAUGCGCCUGGUUUCGGCGGCCGAGGAUGACCGCCUGGAUGAUGAGAAUGGGAAUUUAGCGUCUAGCGGCGGAGUGGUGGCCGGGCUCGGGCAAGAGGUCUUGGGUCACGGUAAUUUGAAAGGUGGGUUCGAGUGCUCCCAAAACCAUUCGGCUAACAUCGUACGGCACAGCCAUCUCUCCUCCGCGCUGAACAAUGCACAGCAGAGCGGGGUUGGAGGCACGGAGGCACCUGACGCUGGAGUGAUGGCGACGAGAGCAGGGAUGUCUGUUCCGCCUCCUCCUCACCACCACCAUCACCACCACGGUUCUACCGAGGCCCAGCAGCCGGGGUUCGAUUUUGCCCACCGGGGGACUAUGCGGCCUCAGCUGUUGGUGUUCCGGAACAUAAGCUGCGACGACGUCGACGCGGUGGUAGCAGAACAACACGGCAGUCCGGAUGAAAAACAUCCCAUCAGGGCUCAUCAUAUUGGCGAUCAUGAUCAGUCAUCCGGCUUUGCCUCGGACUCGCACAGUAGUAGCAUCAACAACAAUACAGUUAGCCUGGAUGCCCAGCAGCAGUGUGCUAGAUGGUCUGCGCUUCCCCAGAUAAAAUCACCCACGAUUGCAGUGGACGGCACCGAGGGAAGCGAACUGUGCCACCACAGGCACGGUUUGAUUACAGACAAGCCCGACUGGUCCCCUCUGGACACUACCAACCCCCUCGCCAUGAUAGAAUCCAAAUGGGGAUGCACAGCGACAGAUAGCAGCGCCGGCACCAUUCAGUAUCCAGAGAGGUCAGUGUUCGGACUGGCAAAGAAAUUCGGUAAACUGGGGGUGGCCCCGGUGUCAGAACUGCUGUUCAAGGACGGGGAAGUGCCGCACUGCUCGUGCCAAAGCGUGCUCGGGUCAGCAGCCUCGGGGAUUGGACAGGGAGACGACCCGACGGAGACUAGCGAUGCGCUCUUGGUGCUUGAGGGACUUGGGUCAGAGGAGGUGACCCAGGGUCUGGGCAUAGGCUCAUGUUCGCCCGGGGACGCAGAGAGCCAAGGGAAGGAGAUGGCGUUCAUGCAGCUGCAGGGCAACGCGGACCUGGUGGUGGAGAAGAUGUCAGGUGCGUUCGCUCUGGGUUGCUGCCCAGCGGCAGCGGUGUUGGCCGGACAAGGGGACGAGGCUACGACGUGCGCCAAGGGGAGUUGUUCGGCGGCUUGUCGCGACACGCAGGUGUGUUGUUGUCUGAUACAAAACAACAGCGUCAGCCUCAGACCGCAGGCUGGCCUCGGUGACACGGAACAGGAGUCAUCGGAGCACCAGCCGGCGGCGGCACCACCACCUGGGGGUGACCACCCCCCUCCACCUGCCCAGUCUCGGCAGGACCGCACCGAACAGAAAGCCAGCCCCGCAAGGCGCUCGGAGAGGAGCGUCAGUGUUCCAAGGAUCCGUGCCAGCCGUGGUGGUACCAGUGCCAGUAGCAGCAGCAGCAGCGGGGCCACUGACAACAAAGCCGCACCCGGCAAGUCGAGAUCAGGAAAAGGGGGGUCCCUAAAAUUUCGCCUGAGUAAACUUUUCAGAACUAAAAGUUGCAGCGGUUCUAGCCACCUGCUUGACAAAAGGCCGUCGGUGACGUACUCGGUUUCCUCGGCGGGGAGUUUAGUGGAUAUGUCCAGAGCAACCGGGAGAACAGAGCCAGACACGAGCAGCCAACCUACUCUGACCAGGGCCCAGAGUACAUUCUCCGCUGCCUCCUUCAGUCCAUCCUUCACAGGGGAAACGGUGUCUCUGGUGGAUGUGGACAUCUCUAGGAGAGGAGUGAACUCACCACACCCCCCAACCCCACCACCUCCCCCACGGAGAAGCCUCAGCCUCCUAGACGCGUUCCUGCGGGUGUUGCCCCACCACGGUGCCGGCCCCAGCUCGGAUGCCGCCCACCUGGCCCCCCGUGUAGCUGGACCUCCGCCCCCCCUCCUGUGCCCCCUCCGCAGACCCGACUCCGCCACCUUCACCGCCAGCCUCAGAGAGCUGGAGAGGUGUGGCUGGUAUUGGGGCCCCAUGAACUGGGAGGAUGCGGAGAUGAAGCUGAAGGGGAAACCGGACGGCUCCUUCCUGGUGCGGGACAGCUCCGACCCGCGCUACAUACUCAGCCUCUCCUUCAGAAGUCAGGGCGUCACGCACCACACGCGCAUGGAGCACUACAGAGGGACGUUCAGUCUGUGGUGUCACCCGAAGUUUGAGGACCGCUGCCACUCUGUGGUGGAGUUCAUUGAGCGAGCCAUCAUGCACUCCAAGAACGGCAAGUUCCUGUACUUCCUGAGGUCACGAGUGCCUGGUCUGCCUCCCACCCCGGUCCAGUUGCUGUACCCGGUGUCUCGCUUCAGCAACGUCAAGUCUCUGCAGCACCUCUGCCGCUUCUGCGUCCGGCAGAUGGUCCGCAUCGACCACAUCCAGCAACUGCCACUGCCCAAGCCACUGAUUGCCUACCUGAGCAAGUUCUACUACUACGACCCCGAGGAGGAGAUGUACCUGUCCGUCAGGGGGAUCCGCCGAGCCAUGGGCGUGCAGGAGCAGGAGCAGGAGGCUGCAGACCCACAGACGUAGCCCACGGCCAGGGGGCUCCUCCUCAACCAAGUACUGUCACUCCCUCUCUCCAUACAGCGGACGCGGUGCGUGGCGCAUUGGCACUGGUUAAAAAGAAGAAGAAAAAAAAGCACAGCACAGCCUGGGCCCUGCUGCCUGUUCACCAGUCUUCCUGUCUUCUCAAAAAAACAACGUCCCUCUUGCUUCCCUCCUGAGACUUGAGUUCGUCCGUUCCGUCCGUCUGUCCGUCCGUCCAUCUGUCAAGUCAGCCGGAUCUCCAACGGUGACGCAAACCUCCUCAGGGAUUCUGCAGGAGCCGUUUCCCUCCUCUUCCCCCAUACCGGCAACCAGGGCCGCAGAAAGCUUUUCCUGGGCCCGGGACAAAUUCAUUUGAAAGGGCCCCCUACCCAAUACAUACGAUGUAAUGGGGACCAGAUUCUGGGCCCCCUAGCUCCCUGGGACCGGGACAACAUACCCCUUUGUCCCCCAAUGCUCAGACAAAGGGAUGGAGGGACAUGAACAAACGUUGGCGGAAUAUUUGGGAAGCCGAUGAAGAAUGACGAUGAUGCACACAACAUGCAAGUGGGAAGCUGGAGAAAAGGCUAUUUGUUCAGGCAAAAGAAACUUCGAAAAACAGGAAAACUGGGAGAAAAAAAACUGUUAGAGACAUGAACAUACUUUGGGUUUGGGACUUCUUCCAUAUGAUGUUUUUUUUUUUUUUUAACAACCCCCCCCCCCACCGCUCUCCCUCCCGUCCCGAUCAAAUCGAUCAAACCUCAAUGUUUCUGUAGGUUAAAGGGGUAUGCCACUAUUUUGGGGCUUAAUACAGUUAAAAUCGUUGGCCAGGGUUUAUAAAGGUGGUAAAGUGUCUUAUUUUUCAUGUUAAGCGUUGUCUUGCUUUAAGACAAGUUAAAAGAGGGAAUAUGUUGCUAAGCUAGUGAAAGUCAAUGGAUCCGUGUAGCCCAAAAUAGUGGCAUACCCCUUUAAGUUAUUCUGGCAUCAGCAGAAUGAAAACGUUUACAAAGUCAGACGAUUGUCACAGUUACAGAGUUGCUAUAACGCUUCCUUUCUCCUCUACUUCUUCUUCCUCCUCCUUCUUUCUUCUCCCGUCUGAGUAAGGCACUUCCGGAAACUGGAGUUUGAGACUGUUUUAUGUAGCUUAUGCCUGUGACGGGAUAUGAUGACUCUGUCUGCUGUUUUUUUCUUCAGUCACUUCAGGAACAGUAUUUUCAGUA